CCUGUCCCGCAGCCGCCUCUCCGCCUUCGCCGCGCCUCUUAGGAUCGCGUCCAGGAUUGCUCCGGCCCCCGCAGGCAGCUUGAUGGCCCCCCGCCUCGCCGCCGCCGCCGCCGCCCCCCUCCUGCUGGUGCUCCUGCUGCUGCUCGGCGCCCCGCCGGCCGAACCGGCGGGGGUCUUUGAACUCCAGGUGCAUUCCUUCACCACCAGCAACCCCCAGAAAUUCUGCCGGGGGGCUCAGCCCUGCCACCUCUUCUUCCGGGUCUGCCUCAAACACGCCCAGGCUGUGGUCUCCCCGGAGCCCCCCUGCACCUUUGGGGCAGCCCUGAGCAACAUCGUCCUUGCGGACCGUCAUGCCGUGGCUGCCAGCGGACUCAUCCGUGUCCCCUUCCAUUUCAAGUGGCCGGGCACUUUUUCCCUUAUUAUUGAAUCCUGGAGGGCUGAAUCAGGAGAGCCAUCCACAGAAGAUGCCCAGAGGUUGAUCAGCCGGUUGGCGACCCGACGGCGCCUGGCGGUGGGUGAGGAGUGGUCUCAAGACGUGCAGCUGGGGGAUCAGAGCGAGCUGCGCUACUCCUACCACGUCACCUGCGACGAGCACUACUACGGGGAGAGCUGCUCCGAUUACUGUCGGCCCCGGGACGACCCGUUCGGCCACUAUGCCUGUGACGAGCUGGGCCAACGCAUCUGCCUGGUGGGAUGGCAGGGCGACUAUUGCUCAGAACCCAUCUGCCUGGCCGAGUGCAGCCACAGCCACGGCUACUGCGAGACGCCCGGCGAGUGCAAGUGCCGCAUCGGCUGGCAGGGCCCCUCCUGCGACGAAUGCGUCCGCUACCCCGGCUGCCUGCACGGCACCUGCCUGCAGCCCUGGCAGUGCAACUGCCAGGAAGGCUGGGGGGGGCUCUUCUGCAACCAGGACCUCAACUACUGCACCAACCACCACCCGUGCCAGAACGGGGCCACCUGCGCCAACACGGGCCAAGGGAGCUAUACCUGCUCCUGCCCGCCGGGCUUUGUGGGCACCAGCUGCGAGGUGGAGGUCAACGAAUGCGACAGCAGUCCCUGCAGGAAUGGAGGCAGCUGCAGCGAUCUGGAGAACGACUACAAGUGCACCUGCCCGCAGGGCUUCUACGGCAAGAACUGUGAAAUCAGUGCCAUGACUUGUGCCGAUGGGCCAUGCUUCAACGGAGGGACCUGCAUGGAGAAACACUUCGGGGGCUACACGUGUCGCUGCCCACUGAACUACCACGGCUCCAACUGUGAGAAAAAGAUAGAUCGGUGCAGCAACAACCCCUGUUUGAAUGGUGCCCGUUGCCUGGACCUUGGUCGGAGUGUGCUCUGCAAGUGCUAUCCGGGGUUUGCUGGCUCCCGCUGCGAACUGAAUAUCGACGAUUGUGCCUGCAACCCCUGUGCUAACGGGGGCACCUGCAUCGACGGCCCCAACUCCUACUCCUGCUCUUGCACCCUGGGCUACGGGGGGAAGGACUGCAGCGUGCGCAUGGACGCCUGCAUCUCCAGCCCCUGCCAGAACAGCGGCACCUGCUACACUCACUUCUCUGGCCACGUCUGUGAGUGUCCAGCAGGCUUCAUGGGCUCCAGCUGCGAGUUCCGCGUCCAGCUGCCCACGCCCGUCAGCAGCCAAUGGAUGGCCGAGGGACCCUUCCCCACCGCCAUGGCCGUCUCCUUUGCUCUGGGGCUGUUGACCUUGCUGCUGGCGGCCUGCGCCAUCCUGGUGGUGCUUCGGCACAUGAGGAAUGGGCCUCACCCUCUGAAAAGCCGCGUGUGCAACGACCUGGCGGCUGUCAACAACUUCAGAGACCGGGACAACUGCCUCCUUUCACGCGGCUGCUUUAAAGUUUCCAACAAGGAGGCCCGGUUCCACAGGGACCGGUUCAACUGCAAGAGGAAGCUCCUGGAUCAGAGUUACGAGUCCAUUUGCAAGAAGCUGGACAACAAACCGUCGGAGCCCAGCUGGCCCGUGGCUGCGGAGUGUCCGAAGGACGGUGCUUACCACCCCAUCUACAUCAUCCCCGGCCAGGUGGAGCCCUGCGUUUACGCCACAGAGGUCUAAAGAAGAUCCACCUGCCGAGCCUCGGACUCUGGCCUCUGUCCACUAUUUUAUUUUAAUUCUUUUCAGCUAAAGGAAUGUUUACAGAUUGCGCACACUGCAUGGACUCCUGGAGCAGUCAACGACGUGCUAAUAAUUAUUUUUGAAAUCACUAGAGUAUUAUAAGAAAGACUCCUUUUUUAAAGGAAGAUAUUUAAUAUUUAUUCUUGCUGCUAUUUUUAUAGUUAUUGUUGUUAUUGUUAUUAUUAUUAUUAUAUUAUUAUUAUUAUUGGCAUCGAGAACAAGAGACAGAACUGUUGGAUCUGACUGGAACGGAAAUGACCAAGAGAUUGGAAGAAAAAAAUGCAAAGCGAGAGCCGGAUUUCAAAGAAAUUUGUCUUUUUUUUUCGGGCGAAAAAAGAGAAGCUGAUUUGGGGAAAAAAGGAAGAUGAGAAAGAAAUAAAACUGCACUAGGGUUCUCUGAAUGGGGAUAAAAGGCAGGUCCUUUCCCUACAUAAAUGCUGGAACCGAAGUUGGUUUUUGUGACGCUUAAUUCUUUUUUCUUUUCUUUUUUCUGGUGUCAGUCCGGUGGGAUUUUUCCUGGUCCACUAGAAAAAGAAAAACAUUGCUUGGGACAGAAAGCUCUAAAGCAGGGGUCCUCAACCGUGGCAAUUUCAAGACUUGUGGACUUCAACUCCCAGAAUUCCUCAGCCAGCAAAGCUGGCUGAGGAAUUCUGGGAAUUGAAGUCCACAAGUCUUGAAGUUGCCAAGGUUGCGGACCCCUGCAGUCUAAAGGACAGCAUUAGAUUCCAGCUCUGCCUUUGAUUUGAUUUGAUUGAAGCAGAAAAGUUUGGUUUGGUGACCAAGAAACGGCAGGGCCAGCUCAGGAAUAUGCAGUGUUAGAAAUGAAGGCAAUUACAGGUAGUCCUCGCUUAGUGACCAUUUGAAGUGACAAUGGCACUGAAAAAAGGGAUUUAGGGCCAUUUUUCAGUUACGACCGCUGCAGUCUCCCCAGGGUCACCUGAUCCAAAUUCAGCGGUUCCCUUAACGUCUGUGGCCAAGAAAGGUCAUAAAAUGGGGCAAAAUUCACUGAACAAAUGUCUCGCUUUGCAACAGAAAUUUGGGCCUCAAUUCUAGUCGUAAGUCGAGGACUACCUGUAGGCACAUAGAAGUCUAAUAAAGUAAAUAAAUAUUUUUUGCUGAUGGUGCGUUGACCAAGCCAUGCCCGUCUGAAAAUGGCUUCUCCCUGGUUAUGCCACCUUUUGCCACACGAGGGCAGCACCAGGAAGCAACAGAUUCUAGAGCUGUUUUCUCUGGAGAGACCCCCACCAUCAUUUCUUGUCCGGCUUGAUGACCUCUGUAUUUCCCCGAAAGCCACCCUACACUGACCCGCUCUAGACCUGCAGAAGAUUUUGGCUCAACCAAAUGUUUGUUCUGCAAUCUAGCUCGGGACGGUCCUUCUCAGCCAUUAAAAUAUAUAUAAUUUUUCAAGAGAAGAUCGAUCCACCUUGGACUGGCAGUGGACAAUUUGCAGAGGGAAGCGUUUGUCGUUGCAAUGGGUAAACACGUUUCGGGAAGAGCUUGCGAUUGGUUCUGGUACUGAAUCAAACGUUCCUGAGCUCUGGAUAUGCUCAGAGGCACCCAGGUCCUUAAUUCUUAGCAGGCUUGCAUCCCUAGUUUGCAUGUGUUUUCUGUUGCUUGAUCUCAGGGUCAGAAUCAAAAAUGGAAUUGUGGAAAGAAAUCAAAGAAAAACAACUCAGAUUCCGCUGAUCUGGAACCUCCCACCCCUGCCUUAGAGUUCCCUGGGUGUGGAGGGGAGGAUGGGAAUUUGAACCCCAAUUGGACGAUGAAGAAUUACUACGAAGGGCUUCGGUUUUUCCCUUGCAUUAAGUGCUUUUCUAUAAAAUUUCAGCAACUGCAACCAAUAGAAUCUGUGGCCGUUUACAUAAAAACUUGUGCGCACGUUGUAAGUUGCUUGUCCAUUGUGUUAAUUUUGUUUCAACAUUUUGGGGCGGUUUUGUUUUUUGAGAAGGGACCUUACCAUUUUCUUUUCGCCAGUUAUGGAAAAGUUAAGAUUUUUUUCCCCAAAAAAAGAGUGAGCAUUUUUUGGAAUGAAAACCGAAGUAUGAAGAGACAGAAUCCUACUUUUAAAGCAUCGCUUAUAUAGCAACAGAGUCAUCUUAAUUUAAUUUGAAGCCCCGUGGCAGCUGCCUUUUUGGUUUAUUUCAAAAAAUUUAAAUGUGUAGCCUCGGAUGGUAAAAAUCAAGAAUUUUAAACAUCCCAAGGAGGGCAGCAGUUCUUUUUAAAUUAUCUCUCCCUCCCCUAUAUUUCUUCUUUUAAUUUAAAAACAAACAAAAAUAUUGUACAGUAUUAAAAAAAAGGAAAAAAGAAAAGCCUCCUGGAGAUAAUUAUAUAAAUAUUUAUGUUGUUUUUGUGUAUAUUUAUGUGUUCUCUUGAUGUAUCUUUUCCCAGCUUCUGUAACUAUUCUGUGUGGAGUUUUUUAAAGUGUGUUUUCUCGCAAAAGAAAGUUAUAUAAAAUAUCUAUUUUGCGCAA